AUGACUGAUACAAAACAGCUAUUCAUUGAAGCUGGUCAAAGUCAACUUUUUCGGAAUUGGGAAAGCUUGUCUAGCCAAGAACAAGAAGAAUUACUUUCAAACCUGAAGCAAAUCUCUUCCAAAAGGUCCCCCGCGAAACUUCUCGAAGAGUGCCAAAAUGCUAUCAAGUUCUCACAAGCUAACUCUUCCAAGGAUACUGGCGCCAACGUUUUACCAUUGCCCUCUACUUCGUACAAGUCGCUUAUUGACAAUAGUAAUAAAGAAAAUGAAUAUUGGCAUUUAGGCCUUGAAGCUAUCGGCAAGGGUGAAGUCGCUGUAAUCUUAAUGGCUGGUGGACAAGGUACGCGUUUAGGAUCUUCUCAACCAAAGGGUUGUUAUGACAUUGGAUUGCCUUCUAAGAAAUCUCUUUUUCAAAUUCAAGCUGAAAAGUUGAUCAGGUUGCAAGAUAUGGUCAAGGGCAAAAAGGUGGAAAUUCCUUGGUAUAUUAUGACAUCAGGUCCCACCAGAGCAGCUACCGAGGCUUACUUCAAAGAUCACGGUUAUUUUGGCUUGAAUAAAGAGCAAAUUACGUUCUUCAAUCAGGGCACCCUACCGGCCUUUGAUUUAAGCGGCAAACACUUCCUAAUGAAAGACGCAGUAAACUUGUCUCAAUCUCCAGAUGGAAAUGGUGGACUUUACCGUGCCAUCAAGGAAAACAGAUUGAACGAGGAUUUUGAUAAGAGGGGGAUCAAGCAUGUUUAUAUGUAUUGUGUCGAUAAUGUGCUAUCCAGGAUUGCAGACCCUGUCUUUAUUGGUUUUGCCAUCAAGCAUGGCUUCGAACUGGCUACCAAAGCCGUUAGAAAGAGAGAUGCGCACGAAUCAGUUGGAUUGAUUGCCACUAAAAACGAGAAGCCAUGUGUCAUAGAAUAUUCUGAGAUCUCCAAUGAGUUGGCUGAAGCAAAGGAUGAAAAUGGCUUGUUAAAGCUACGUGCAGGCAACAUCGUUAAUCAUUAUUACCUAGUGGAUUUACUAAAGCGUGACUUGGAUCAGUGGUGUGAAAACAUGCCAUACCAUAUCGCAAAAAAGAAGAUUCCAGCUUAUGAUAGUGCUACCGGUAAGUACACUAACCCUGUUGAACCAAACGGUAUAAAAUUAGAGCAAUUUAUAUUUGAUGUCUUUGACACGGUACCACUGAAUAAGUUUGGGUGCUUAGAAGUGGAUAGAUGCAAAGAAUUUUCACCUUUAAAAAAUGGUCCUGGUUCUGAGAACGAUAACCCUGAGACUAGCAAGUUAGCAUAUUUGAAACUAGGUACCCUCUGGUUGAAAGAUGCAGGCGCUAUUGUUGAAGAUGGGGUACUAGUUGAAGUUUCCAGCAAGUUGAGUUAUGCAGGUGAGAAUCUAUCCCAAUUCAAAGGUAAAAUCUUUGACAGAAACGGUAUAAUACUAGAUAAAUAA